AUGGAUCGAAACAAAUUUAAUCCAAACCAGCGACUUUGUGUAGCAUUGUUUUAUGUGAUCUCGCUAUUUGCUAUUACAGUUCUAAUGAUUCAUUUCAUUCAGUACGAUUCAAAUAGGAAAAUCGUACCAGCGGACAAGAUCAUAGUAGCCGUAGAAGACAACGAUGAGACCACAAAGAAACCACUUCCACCAUUUAAUUAUGAUUCCCUUCCACCCUGCGAUCUAAAUGAAGAGCUCGAAAAACCGAAAUUGAACUUGAAAACGAUUCAAAAGAGUUUUCUGAAAUGUGUUUUCCCGCUGCUCACACGGUUUUUUGGAAAUCCAGAAGGUCUUCUCUUCAAUUUUAGUUCAGUUCUCUCGGUUUGUGACGACGAAGAAGAGAUUCGAAAUAUCGAUGUCACAGAAAUCGCAAACGAUCGAUGGGUUAUAUUCCCUAAAUGUAACGAAAACAAUACAAUGGUCACUUUAGGAGUCGAAAAAGAAACGAAUGCAGAGAGUUGGCUGGAAGAGAAGAUUCCAAAUUUAAAAAUGUACGGCACUAGUGGCCUCAUAAACGCUAGUCGUGUGUAUGAGCAUUUCGAAAACGUUGCGAUCGGUAAAGAAGCUGAUUCAGUUAAGAUGGAAGUUAUGGAAAAUGGCGUUCUUGUGAACAAAACAAUGGAUCAAAAGAAGAUCGAAGAAUAUAUAAAGGACUUAAAUUUGACGAAAAUAGACAUUCUAUGGAUUAAUCCAUACUAUGGAAAGUUCUCCUUUUGGGAUUAUUUGAAGAGAGAUGGAUGGCUGAGCAAACAAGGAAUCACCAUAUGCCAAAUGAUAAUAGAAGUUCCUAAAGGGCAUGGAAAUCAAUGGGCUGAAAUGAUAAAACCAAUGCAAAACAACUCCAGUUUUGUGUUCAUGAAACCUACAACGACCAAAAGUGGAGGAGCCAAAGCAUUUUUCAUAAAUUACCAAGAUCCAGAAUGUACUAGAAAAUAUCUAGAAUCGUAA